ACUCACUAAUCAUUUCUUCUUCUGAUUAAGAUUAGAUUCUUGAAAUGGCUUCUUUAAACCCUAAAUCUCCAGCCACCAUUUUCCUUGCCCUCAACCUUCUUUUCUUUGCUCUGAUCACUGAAACCCAGCAAGCUUGUAACACUUGUCCUGGGAACCCCAAAACCCCACCUCCUAGCCCCGGCGGUGGCAACGGUGGUGGAAAUGGAGGCGGUGGCAAUGGAGGCGGUGGGAACGGUGGAGGGAGUGGCGGAGGAGGCGGACGGUGCCCAAGGGAUGCGCUGAAGUUGGGUGUGUGUGCAAAUCUACUAGGAGGAUUGGUGGGAGUGGUGGUCGGAAGUCCACCAACGCUGCCGUGCUGCAGCUUGCUGGCCGGGCUGGCGGAUCUGGAGGCGGCGGUGUGUCUGUGCACGGCGAUACGAGCCAAUGUUUUAGGAACAAACCUUAACGUGCCGGUUGCCCUCAGCCUGGUCCUCAACAACUGUGGCCGCAAGGUUCCAAAUGGCUUCACCUGUUAAACCACCUCCUACGUACGUACGUAUGCUCUGCAUGCAUGCAUGAUACCCAGGGAGGGGGCAUCAAAUUAAAAUAAUAUUCACACUUAAGUUCAUUUGUUGUCGUAUGUAUGUGUUGUACUGUGUCACGUCGUUUGAUGUUUGUAACGUGCAUGAAUAAGAUGGAAGGUGUCAGUCUGUUUUU